GGGUCAAGAUAAAUAAUUUUAAGACGAGUAGGGUUGGGUUUGCUCUCUCGCUCCGAGUUAGGGUUUUGUGUGAAGAGGGUUGGAUUUGGGUUUCAAUGGAGGAGGGAGAUAGCGGCAGAAUGAUGGGGGUGGUGAGUUCGUUCGACGAUAGUGAUGGUUAUGGCACAAUCACUCCCGACGAUGACGUUGAGGAUCUCUAUGUUCACAAGUCAAACAUCAGGGGCUUUUGGAGUCUCGCAGUUGGUGAAUCGGUCGAGUUCUUGAUCGAAUCGGGCCGUGACCGUAACAAAGCUGUCGACGUCACCGGUCCAAACGAGGAGAGGGUUCAGGGGAGUCCCGGAAGCCGUGGAGCUUAUGGCAGAGGAGGUGGAAGUAGAGGUGGAGGCGGAAGGGACGGAGGCCGCGGUGGUAACGAUUGUUUUAAGUGUGGCGAGACUGGACAUAUGGUGAGGGACUGCUAUCUGGGUUGGGGAGCCGGCGGCGGAGGCGGUAGAAGUUAUGGUGGCCAAGGCGGAAGUAGCGGCGGAGUCGGCGGUGGUAACGCUUGUUUCAAGUGUGGCAAGAGUGGACAUAUGGUGAGUGACUGCUAUCGGGGUGGGGGAGGCGGAGGCGGUGGAAGUUAUGGCGGCCGAGGCGGAGGUAGAGGUGGAGGUGGAGGCUACGGUUGCUUCAACUGUGGGGGAAAGGGCAUUUUGCCCGAGAUUGCGGGUGAUCUAAUAUUGAUUAAGGGGCUCCGGUGUAUAGCGAAGGGAAGGCCGAAACGAUGA